ACAUCGAGCAUUGCUGAAAGUAUUGAGGAACAGAGUGGCCUGGAAAGUGGCAGUGGUGAAAAAACACCAACUUAUGAGCAUGCUGAUUCGGAUUUUCGGGAAAACAAGAACGGAGGAAGGAGUUAUUUGGAUGAAGAACUUCCCAUUAUCAUCAGAGGUCGGGAUUUUGCAUGUCUGAUGAAGCGCAGGAAAAUAGCUGCGGCCAUCAUGGGCGAAUUCGCGCUCCAUCGAGUCGUGAUAGCGCAGCAAAUAGUUGUGCUAACGCUGAUGAUCGUGGACGAAAUAGACGCAGAAAUCGCUGGCGAACGAGAAAACAACGAGAUUUGA